AAUGUAGUCAUCCAUAACAUGAUACAACAUUGUUACAAAUCCAUUAUUAAAUCCUUUAACUAUGCUUUAUACACAAUUUUUGUGACAGAAAGUCAAAUCGCUGGGUAGAGUAUAUAUAUACUAUAUGGUUUAUCUUAAACUGCAGUAUUUUUAAUCAGUGAAACAGAUAGGCUCAUUUACCUAUCUGUCAUCUAAAUACGAAGAAGUGAAGGGUGUGGCUCAGAAACAUCCGUGUAAAACUAGGUCCCACUUUUCAUUAUCAUUUAACAAGUUUUGCUACAACAGAGAACAAAAUGGAAUGGCUCCUGGAUUCAGAAGAGUUUUGCUGUUCGAUUUGCCUGGAUUUGCUGAAAGAUCCAGUGGCCAUUCCAUGUGGGCACAGCUACUGCAUGGAAUGCAUUAAUGAUUACUGGAAGAAAAAUGAUCAUUUGGGGGUUUUCAGCUGUCCUCAGUGCGGACAGACAUUUAGCCCUAGGCCUGUUUUGAACAGAAAUACCAUACUGGUAGAUAUGGUGGACAAGCUGAAGAAACUGGAACUUCUGGGCAACUCUCAAAUUUACGACAACUGCAUGCCAGGUGAAAUGACCUGUGAUUUCUGCACAAGUAUCAAACAAAAAGCUGUGAAGAGUUGUUUGGUUUGUUUGGCGUCUUACUGUCAAAACCACCUGCAAGCACACUACAAGUCUCCUGCCUUGAAGAAACACAAGCUGAUUGAAGCCUCCGUGAACCUGCAGGAGAAGAUCUGUCCUCAUCACGACAAAUAUUUGGAGAUGUAUUGUCGAACUGAUCAACAAUGCAUAUGUCUUUUGUGUGUGAUGGAUGACCAUAAAGGUCACGACACAGUACCAGCACCUGUGGAAAGUACAAAGAAACAGAAAGAACUAGGCAUGACUCGACAGAAAUACAAGCUAAAAAUUCAUGCUAAAGAGAAGGACCUACUGGAGCUCAGACAGGCUGUAGAAGCCCUGAAAAGCUCUGCACAGACUGCUACGGAAAAUGGUGAACAGAUCUUUACUGAGUUGAUUGAGUCUAUUGAAAGGAGGAGGUGUAAAUUCAGAGAUCUGAUCAGAGAUCAAGAGAAAGCUGCGGAUAGCAUGUUGCAGACACUGGAGCAAGAAAUCACAGAGCUCAAACAAAGAGAUCAUGAGCUUGAGAUGCUUCUGAAGUCUGAAGAUCAUGUUCAUGUUCUUCAGAACUGUCAUUCCUUCUCUUCUGGCCUUCCUGACCCAGCCUUCACAAUAGCUACGCUCUCAGAUUUUGGCAAGGUGAACGAUGCAGUGUCUGCUCUAAAGAAGAAGGUAGAAGAUGUCUUUAAAGGGGAAUGGCUCAGGAUCUAUCAAGCAGCGAGAUCAAUGAAGAUCCUUCAUUGCACAGUGCCCAAAAUUAGACCAGAGUUCCUGCACCAUUCCUGCCCCCUGCAACUAAAUCCUUUAACAGCCCACAAGGAUCUUAGUUUGUCCAAGGGGAACAAAGAAGUGGCCGUUCGGAGCCGAGUGCAGUCCUGUCCCGACCACCCGGAGCGCUUUGAUUACUGGUGCCAGGUGCUGGGUACGGAGGGCCUGACAGGCUGCAGCUACUGGGAGGUGGAAUGGAGUGGGAUGGGUGUAAACAUUGCAGUCGCAUACAAAAACAUUGCCAGGAAAGGGGAAAGCAGCGAAGCUCACUUCGGUCACAAUGACAAAUCCUGGAGUUUGUUCUGCUGCAGGAAAGGUUACGCUUUCUGGCACAACGGGAUUGUCAGUAAGAUCUCAGAGCCUGGCUCGUCAAAGAUAGGCAUAUAUCUGGAUCACAGGGCCGGGACACUGGCGUUUUACAGCAUUGAUGGCUCAAUGACCCUCCUGCACAGAGUUCACACCACAUUCACACAGCCGCUCUACCCUGGCUUCGAGUUUUCAUGCUAUGACGCCUCAGUCAAGCUGUGUCAGUUGGAGUAGGGCUAGGCCCAUUUGGCAUUGCUUAUUAGGAAAGACUGAAGAUAUCAAAUAUAAAAUAUAGAAAUAAAAAAUACAGUAAUAUUUGUAUAAUUAUAGUGGCUUUGCUUCCGUUGUUAUUCUAGUAUCACUGAAAUAGCGUUUUUUGUUAAUAUUUUGAAUUAGAUUUUAUUUCAUUGUAUCUGCUUCAUAACUUUAGUUAUAUUUAUGUUUUAAUAACUUUGUUGUGUGUUUUUAUCAUUUUUGUUGUUUUUUCUAUUCAAAUAAACAUUGUUUCAGUUUAAGUACAUCAAGUUAAAGUAAUUUAAAAUAAGAAAUGUGUGUUGUAUGUGCAUAGGCCUAUAUCAACAUUUUUAUAUCAGUUUAUGUUUAUAAAUAUGCAAAGCCACAGUUACAUUGAAAACCUCUAAUAAUAUAUUGUACUUCUAUCUCUGAUAAUUUGACACAGUAAAUUGCUGUUAUUUCUGUCUGUGGAAUGUCCCUUGAGGAUAAUAUUGUGUGAAUGCCUUUUACGCUUUCAUUCUCUGUGAGCUCUAAAAAAAAAAAAAAAAAAAAAAAAAAAACUACCAAAACAAAACAAAAACGCUGUAACAAUCCAAAUAAAAUACAUUUUUACCAUUAUAUUUGCCUGAGACAACCUCGUUCUUCACGCCCUAGAGUCUAUCCUUUGGUAUUUGAUGACAUCUAGUUUGUAACAGUACACGUACGCAAAUAAAUAACUUUGACAGCAAAAUUAAAGAAAGAGCGACCUCUGGUGGCUAAAAGUGUUAAAAGCAGGCCUUGAGUGGAAAGCAACGAUAAAACUACUACUAAACGUAACGUCAGAACUCUAGCAGUAUUUCUCUGAAGUUUUGUUGUUGCUUUUCCUCUGAAUCUGCAGUGCAGUAUCAUAUGAUCACUGUUUAAAAAUGACUGUAAUACAUUAACUAAUUUUUUUUUUUUUUUUUGUGUGUGUUAAGAGUGCCAAAAUAAGUGGAAUACAGAAAAAGGCACUGUUCUGGAUGAAGGACUUUGUGAAUGCAGUUUUUCCAAGUUCUUAGGAGAGGGCACCGAUAAACUGAAUCGAUUAUGUCUAGGACAGCCGUAAGAAACUAACUUUGAAUCACAU